AUAAUACGAUGCCAUAUUAUAAAAGCGUUUCAAAAUGCAUCAUGGGGCUGCGAGACAAAGUGGCGUUAGUACAUACUGCGUUAUGUAUUCUAUUUAUCUCGCAAGCGUUCUGUAUGCCAAAAACAAAGAAAAACAUAAAAGGAAUAAACAAAUACUGCAACACACAGAAUCGAAUAAAACAAGAGAAGGCAAAUAUAGAAAAUAGCAUAGAUUCGUUAUUUAAAAAAUAUAAUUUUCCAGUAACAGAAUUUGCUACAGGUUUUGAACCUAGCAAUAAUUAUGACUUUCAUGACUUUAAUCACAAUGCGCUAAAUGAGGCUGUGAGCAACAACAAUGCAUUCCAUAAGUUCACAAACAAAAAUGCGAGAAAAAUUGCAAAUAAAGCAAAGAAGGCACAGAUGAAUCUUCAUAGAAAACUUGAUAAUACUUUAGAAGCUACACCGCUAUUCGCACCAUCCUCAAAUUGCGGAAAUUGUCCUUAUUUCCCGGAAGUUGAGUAUCCUAUGACAGCAACAGACAUAUGGAAACCGACUUACUGGGGGGAUUUCUUCGAAACAGCCGGUAACAUCGGUAAUAAUGGGUACGAAAUUUGCAAGCCAUGCGAGAUAGACAAAAAUAAAUAUAAAAGUAACUUCAAAAUUAUCAAGGUUCCAGAGAAACCAAAACCUACACAACCAGUUAAAAACUAUACUUACGAGGAAGUGUGCCCAAUUACAAUCCACGCCCAGACAACGUUAGCACCUUACUUUAAUAAUUUCAUAGUAAAAGAGGCUACGGGAAUAAAACCUGCGGACGAAGAUGUCACACCGAACAUAUCUUCAGUGCCAAUUCACAACAAGAGCGCGGAGAACAGUGAUUCAAGUGAACAACAUAACAGUGAUUCAAAUGAGCAAUCUAAUAUUGAUUUAGUGAUACCAAACACAGACAAUUCUUUUAAUGACUCAAGCCAUGAACCUGAAAAGUCCAUUUGUGUUGAAAAUGCAAACGAUACAUCAACCCAGGAAAAACCAGCACAGGAUACUUCUGAAAGUAAAGAAAACAUUGAACUCGACGAAGAAUUUACUACUGACGAGCCAGAAUACGCAUUCGCAUUGAGUACACCCCUGCCCUUCAGCACUGUUGAAACAUGGAAGGAAACUCAAGUCAUUGAUCCAUACAAGUCCUUGGCAUAUCCAGAUGAGUUGGACGAUUACUUCAUCGCUGUUAAGGGUUAAGGUAGGCAGUUGAUUAAAAUUGUAACUUGAGUGGUUUAAGUUUAUUAGAAGAGGUUUUGAGUCUGUUUGGCGUAUUGAAAUCUAAGAGAGUAUAAUACUAUAGUCAAGACAAUUUAAGGUGGCACCAACGGUCAUUGAACUUUAUGGUC